AAUGAAGAUGUUUUUCGAGUUACAUGGAUUAUUUUCAAAGUUCACAAGAAAAUCGUAAAAUGCAUUUAUAGUUUUAAGUAUUUCAUUUUUAUUUUAGGAAAUAAUAUUUAAAAAACAGGUUAUUUUCCUCUUGUGAUUGAGAUCGAUAAAUAUAAGGGGACAUGAAGCUGCUAAAGCCACUAUGGGUGGCAGGGAGAAGACAAGUGAGCACAUGGUCACCACUUGCUACAGCUUUCAACACAAGACCUACAUCCAGACCCAUUUUUGAUUCCUUAAGAGAAAGAACUGGUCUUUUUAACAAACCUGAACUCACUAGUUUUGAGGGAUUUUACACGCUAAAAGAACAAGCAAUAGCAGCCACAGACCGAUUAAUAGAAGAGGCCACCUCCAAUCCGACAAGGCCUAUGGUCGACAUAUUUGAUGAGCUAUCAGAUACGCUGUGUAAGGUUGCAGAUUUAGCUGAGUUUGUGCGUAUUGCACACCCACAAUCACACUUUGCGGGUGCCGCUGAAGAGGCAUGUAUCAGUGUUAGUGGAGUCGUGGAAAAACUAAAUACUCACAAAGGUUUAUAUGAAGCUUUACGUGACUCGGUGGAGAGGAACACGUGCGGAGACCGCCAUUUAGCGGAGCUGUUCCUGUUUGACUUUGAACAGAGUGGUAUACAACUCCCCGACGGACCGAGACAACAAGUAGUCGCUCUCAAUGAUCUUAUUUUACAAACCGGCCAGCAGUUCAUGGCGGGUGCGGCCAAGCCGAGGAAAGUGCCACGGUCCGCUGUACCUCAAAAUGUUAGACAAUUUUUCAGCACGGAGGGUGACAACGUGAUAGUAAGCGGUGUAUACGCAGAGUGCGACGAAGGUGCGGCUCGCGAGGCGGCCUACCGCCUGUACCUGGCGCCCGACAUGGGGCAGGAGCGCCUGCUACUCACCACGCUGCACGCGCGCCAGCGGCUGGCGCAGCUCUGCGGGUUCCCGUGCUACGCGGACCGAGCCAUAAAGGCGAGCACGAUGGAAACUUCAGCUAAUGUGCGACAGUUCCUGGACAUCCUGUCGGACAAUCUUUACGACCGCGCCAACAUUGACUUCGAGGCUAUGACGCGUAUGAAGAAGAAGGAGACACCUUACCAAGACACACUAAUGUGCUGGGACACUCCUUACUUCACACACAAAGCUAAGACGCAGAUGCUGAACGUAGCGACGUCGGACUUCAAUCCGUAUUUCUCACUGGGCGCGUGCAUGGAAGGUCUGAACAUGUUGUGCCAGGAGCUAUAUGGCAUCACAUUGCAGCCCGAAGAGAUGUUACCAGGCGAGUCGUGGUCGCCGGACGUGUACAAGCUGGCAGUGAUGCAGGAGACUGAGGGUCUCCUGGGACACAUAUACUGCGACCUGUACGAGCGGCCCGGCAAGCCGCACCAGGACUGUCACUUCACCAUUCAGGGCGGGAAGCUGCUCCCCGAUGGCUCUUAUCAGAAUCCAAUAGUGGUGGUGAUGCUGUCACUGAGCGGCGGGCACCGGUCGGGGCCGGCGCUGCUGGGCCCGGGCGCCGUGGACAACCUGUUCCACGAGAUGGGCCACGCGCUGCACUCCAUGCUGGCGCGCGCGCCGCACCAGCACGUGGCCGGCACGCGCUGCGCCACCGACCUCGCCGAGCUGCCCUCCGUGCUCAUGGAGCACUUCGCCGCCUGCCCCAGCGUGGUCCGUCGCUUCGCGCGUCACUUCCAGACCCGGGAGCCUAUGCCGGAGGAUAUGUUGCAGCGCCUCUGCGCCUCCAAGCAUCUCUUUGGCGCCAGUGAGAUGCAACUGCAGGUGUUCUACUCCGCGCUGGACCAGCACUACCACGGCGAGGGGGCGCGCGAGGACUCCACAGACGUGCUGCGACAGGUCCAAAAGCGAUACUAUGGACUGCCCUACGUCGAGAAUACGGCGUGGCAGCACCGCUUCAGCCACCUGAUAGGCUACGGCGCGAAGUACUACUCGUACCUGAUCUCGCGCGCGCUGGCGUGGUGCGUGUGGCGCCGGCACUUCGAGGCGGCGCCACUGUCGCGCCCGGCCGGCGCCGCGCUGCGCCACGGCCUGCUGCGCCACGGCGGCUCCGUCCCGCCGCAGAUUCUGCUUCGCGAUUAUCUAGAGACAGAAAUCACCCCCGACACACUGGCGAUGGCGCUCACCGAAGAGCUAGAUUACCACAAGGAUCAUCUUGAUACAGUGUUCAAAAUAACUGCUAAAUAACAUAUCAAAGUACUAUUGUGUUAGUUUAGACAAGUACAGUUAGCAAAAUAAUUCAUGUUUAUUGAAUUUGCUAACAAAGCAGAAAAGAACGAAAUACUUGUUUAACGUAAGUACAUAUAAAAGUCUUAGUAAUUGAGGUCGAGAUGCCUUUUUUGAAUUACUAUUGUGCUAAUAAAACAUUGAAUAUUUAUUAAUAAUAUUUAUACCAAUAUUUGCUACCUCGAGCAAUAAUAGUAAGUAGUAAAAAAAUAAAUUAAAAUUAAUUGUAUGUUCUUUUUUCAAUUCUCCAUUUAAACAUAGAAUUAAUUGCACAUUUAAAUGCGAUAUUUAAAUUAUAGAAAUACUAAUGUCUAGUAAAUUAAACACAUUCGACAAUUCUCUUUAACGAAAUACGUUUCGAGUGUUUCGACAAAUCAAUGUCUUCCCAAUAUAUAUUAGAUGUAAAUAAUCUGAAACCGAUCUGUCGUUAGGUUAAAAAUCGUUAUAAAUAGUAUUCAAAGAUUUUAUUGUUUUAUAAAACUCGAGUUGAAGCGAAUAGACUUAAAUUAUUCUUAAGUCAUAUGUUAGUCUUCUCAAUCAAAUGAUUAAUUUAUAUCACCAGACUUAAGCAUAGUGGAUAAAGCCUUUAUCGGAUUCUAAUCACUCACGGCCUUAGUUAACGGCUGAUUAGUUAAAGGCUGGUUUCGAUCUUUCUGACAUUAUUGAUUUGACAUACGAAAUACUGUCAUUGUUUAACUAAUCGCUCGUUAAACAUCCUGUAUAAAUAAGGGCGUGAGAUCUUAAUGAAAAUGUAACAUUUAAAGUACAUAAAAAUAUAC